GUAUGUUAAUGCGCCCAAAAUUGGUCGAUUAUUAAUUGUUAUCACUAAUAACCACUGACAUCAUUUCUGGCUUCUUUUAGUUUUUGAAUUUCGAUUCAGAUCGCCAGAGAAGUUUCAUGGUAGCAAAGGGAAGGUUUUCAGGAGAAGGGUUUCAUAGAGUGGUGCAAAAUGAGAAUCCGCUUCAGCUUUAGAGGACUAUCGUCUCUGCCCUAUCCACCCCCAAAAUGGAGGAUUACUGGGAAAAUCUUCACAACCCAACUCUCACUUCUUCAAGAUGGUUCACUCACAUUCAGAUUCUUCUCAUCAUCGCCAACAUCCCGAUCCGCAAAUCCCAAACAAUGCUAUUUUACAGUAUCUUACCUCAUCAACUCAUGUGGGCUGUCCCCAGAUUCUGCUCUCUCCGCUUCCCAAAAGCUUCACUUGGUAACCCCAGAAAGGCCCGACUCUAUCCUCUCCCUCCUCAGAAACUAUGGAAUCACCGACACCCAACUUCCCAAACUCAUAAGAGUAUUCCCAACUUUGCUUUUGACUGAUCCUGAGAAAACCCUUUUGCCCAAACUCGAGUUUCUCAAUUCUAAACCCUUUUCAAGGGCUGACCUUGGGAGGGUCCUAUCUUCAUGUCCAAUGAUCUUGUCACGGAGCUUGGACAAUCAGAUUAUCCCUUGUUAUAAUUUUUUCAAGAGCAUUCUUCACCUUGAUAAUAGAGUUGUUUCUGCAAUCAAGCGCUCACCCAGGAUUUUUCUUGAGGAUGUGAACAAGAACAUCGUUCCAAAUAUCACAGCCUUGCAAGAAAUUGGAGUGCCUGAAUCCUCUAUCGUGUUUUUGAUAACUUAUUAUCCCAUUGUAGUGCAGCUAAAGCACGACAGGUUUGGUGAAACUGUGAAGAAGGUUAUGGAAAUGGGAUUCGACCCUCUGACAGUGGUAUUCAUUAAGGCAAUCCAAGUGUUUGGUGGAAUGAGUAAAUCAACUUGGGAACAGAAAAUGGAGGUCUACAGGAGGUGGGGUUGGAGCAAUGAUGAGAUUGUGUUGUUGUUUAGAGCUUUUCCCGCAUGUAUGAGUUUAUCUGAGAAGAAAAUAAUGAGCACAAUGGAUUUCCUGGUUAAUAAGAUGGGUUGGAAGCUUACCGAAAUCACCAGAUUUCCAAUCUCUCUGGGUUUCAAUUUGGAGAAGAGGAUAAUUCCGAGGUGUUGGGUUGGGAAAGUUCUGAUGUUGAAGGGGUUGGUAAAGAAGGAUCUGAGUUUAGGUGCCUUUUUGAGGUACACGGAGAGUAAGUUUUUGGACAGGUUUGUGAUCAAAUAUCAGAAUCACAUUCCUCAGUUGUUAAAUCUAUAUAAGGGUGAAGUGGGGGUUGUAGAACUAGGCUUUGCAUCUGAGGAGAUAGGUGGAAUCAAACAGUUGUAGGAUAGCAUGUCAACCUUCCUUUCUUUUUUGUAUUUGGCUGUUGUGUUGUUAUGUUUCCUCAGAUUCAAUUCCAUUUUCAUUGUUGUGAGCAAAAAGUAUAUUUGCUUCUUCCUCCAGCUUCAGCUGGGGGUUCUUUGAUUUACCAGUUUUUGAUUGCUUUCUCC